GCAGUCUAAUUCUCUAAUAUAGAUGUACCUGCAGCAUCGCCGCAGCAUACACUAGGUAUCUCUCACCCUCUGCUUGACUAAUUAAGAGGUGCACGCCAAGGUGACUAUGUUAGCUACACCGCUCACGGCGCUCUGUCUUGCAGCCGUCGCAUCGGCAACAGGCGUCGGAGACCUUUCUAAGGACCUAAUACCUAAGCUUUCGCCGGCUGCUGGGAUCUACACCCCAGGGUCGCAGGCUUUUGAUGAUGCGAAGAUAAGAUGGGCAGCCAACAUCAAUCCAUCAUUUGAUGCCAUCGUCAAGGUGACUUCUGAGGCAGAUGUACAGGCUACAGUUGCGUACGCAAACGCACGCAAUGUACCAUUCCUUGUCUUCAACGGUGGGCACGGCUUCUCCAAGACGCUGAACAACUUCAAAGGCGGAAUCGGGAUCAACAUGCGCGGUAUGAAGAACGUGACCAUCAGCAACAAGCGGACCGAGAAGGGUCCGGUGGCCUACAUACAAGGCGGCGCCAAGUCUGGCGAAGUUAUCGGAACCGCUUGGGCCGCUGGAAAGACUCUCGUUGCGGGCGCUUGCGACUGUACAGGAUUUACCGGGGUCACUCUUGGAGGGGGACACGGCUGGAUGCAAGGCCAAUACGGCCUCGCUAUUGACAACGUCGUCUCCUACCGCGUCGUCCUCGCCAACAGCACCGCAAUAACCGUCUCUGCAAACUCUCACGCCGACCUGUUCUGGGGCAUGCGCGGCGCCGGCCACAACUUCGGCGUUGUCACUUCAGUCCACUACCAACUCUACGACCGCCUCACCCCCGCAGACAACGGCUUCUCGACCAAAGUCUACAUUUUCACAGAAGAAGCGCUCGAACCCCUCUUCACGCUGCUAAAUACCUGGAUCCGCGCCAAAUCCCGCCCUGUCGAGCUCACCCACUUCGGCGUCAUCCUCAACAAUCCGUCCAUCUCCCCCAAACCUAUCAUCCAACUCCUCGUCUUCUGGCAAGGCCCCUCCUUCCCGCCCAAAUACAGCGCGCCCCUCGACGCUCUGAAACCUUACAGCGUAACAUCCAACUACACUGACCUCGCCGGCGCAAACGCACUCUCAGGCUCCUCCCUUACAGGUCCAAACUGCGCCUCGGGUUUCGGUCGUCAAACCUUCCCCGUCGACCUGGUCGAAUGGUCCCCGGCCAACCUGCGCACCGUCCUCAAUCUCUUCGCGGAGCUGCCGGGCACGGGGCUCGACACCUCCGGCAUGCUCCUUGAAGCCUACGCCACCAACGGCGUCAAACUCGUCUCCCCCGCCAGCACCGCCUUCCCUCUGCGCGACGGCAACAUCCUCGCCGCACCAACCUUCACCUACGAUGCGAGCAACGCGACGCAGGACGCGCUGGCGUACAGCUAUGGCAAGAAAGUGCGAGAGGCGAUGCUCGCAGGGACGGGCCAGAGGCUCGGGGCGUACGUGAACUACGCGAUUGGGGACGAGAGUAAUGAGGCCGUGUAUGGGUAUGAGAAGUGGCGGUUAGAGCGGCUGCGGGGGCUAAAGCGGAAGUAUGAUCCGCAGGGGAGGUUUGGUUUUUUUGAGAGAAUCGAGGUGUAGCGGAGCUAUGGUGUCCUGAGACCUGGUGUGAGGUAGACAUGUCGCAAUCGCUCAGUAUCAGAAAUUGAAGACAAGCCUGUGCUUUGAUUACUACGAGUCUGUCUGGGCAAAGCGAAGAAGAGAGGUCUUUUCAACUGCGCGCAGGUCUGGAUGUGUGAUGGUACUUCCAUUACUAGUUUACAUCACACUCCCCGGCUUCAACGGCC